CAGCCAGCUGGGGUUAAAAAGGAGCGGCACAGACGCCGCCGGCAACAGGCUCCAGGGGAGCACCAGGGCCCCGGAGCUCCGUACUGAAGGCGGAGAGCGAGGAGGGGCGGGACGGCGUGGCCUCCGCUCCUCCCCGGGCCGGGGCGGGCCCGAGACCGCGACCCACCUCUCCCGCGCUGUCCUCGUCACAGCGCCGCGGGACAGCCAUGCCCGGCCGCCUGCUGCGGGGCCUGUGGCAGCGAUGGCGCCGUUACAAGUACCGCUUCGUUCCUUGGAUCGCGCUGAACCUAAACCGCAACCCGAGGACCCUCCGAUACGUUCCAGAGGAAUCCAAAGACAAAGUUAUCUCAGAUGAAGAUGUCCUAGGAACAUUACUGAAAGUUUUCCAGGCUCUAUUCAUAAAUGAUUUCAAUAAGCAAUCAGAUAUUUUGACUAUGCUUCCAGAAACUGUUAAAUCAAAAUAUCACGACCUACUGUCAGUUCAACAUCCAAGGGUGAAACCGCUUGAAUACAGACAUGAACAGCAAAAUACCUUUAAACCAGAAGAAAUUCUUUAUAAGACAUUGGGUUUCAGUGUUGCCCAAGCAACUAGCUCAUUGAUUUCUGCGGGAAAAGGUGUCUUCGUUACCAGAGGAUUGGUACCAAAAGGCGCGGUUGUAUCUAUGUAUCCUGGUACAGUAUAUCAGAAGUAUGAGCCAAUCUUUUUCCAAUCCGUUGGAAAUCCAUUUAUUUUUAGAUGCUUGGAUGGGGUACUCAUUGAUGGAAAUGACAAAGGAAUAUCAAAAGUUGUAUACAGAUCUUGCAAUGGGAGGGAUCGACUUGGUCCUUUCAAAAUGAGUGAUAGUACAUGGCUAACAUCAGAAAUUUGUAAUCCACUGGCUGUAGGACAGUAUGUCAACAAUUGUUCAAAUGACAGAGCAGCUAAUGUCUGCUAUCAGGAGUUUGAUGUGCCUGCAGUUUUCCCUAUAGAGCUGAAGCAAUAUCUUCCAAACAUUGCAUACAGCUGUGACAAACAAAGCCCACUUCGAUGUGUCAUUCUUGUAGCGCUCAGGGACAUCAAACAAGGAGAAGAGCUUUUUUCAAACUACUAUACAAUUGUCAGCUAACUAUGAACUAGAAAUUAGGUUUUCUACUAUUGAGUUCAUUCUAAAUGUUUUUUGUUCAUCGUAUCUGAGUUCUACCUAUAGAACAAAUAUUUUGAGGCCUAAUUGGAGUGGGAAUUUUUUGUUUUUAUUGAUAUCGUUUUUAUGAUAAAAGCUAUUUGCUUCAUUACAAUUUCAAAUUGUCAUACAAUUCCAAUCUUAAUUGGUUUUCCCCUAAAUAUACAGUAGCUUAUUAAAUUAAAACCUACCUGAACUUAACAUUUCAAAUGUUCUUUUAUUUUGUAUAUCUCUGUGGUGGUUUAUAAAAUUCCAGCCAAGCCAUCAUCAUUUCUUGCACUGUUGAUUUGUACAAACUUCUGUAAAAACUGUAUUUUUAUGUAAUAAACUAAAGCAAAAAAUA